UUCUCCAUCCACACCGAGCCCCAAACUCUCCUGUCCUGCCGCGCCCGAUCCCAGCGUCGCCGCCGACGAGCUCACCGGAGACGCACGCGACGCCAGCAUGACUACCUCCAGGCGCCUUGCUGACAGGAAGACUGCUAAGUUCCAGAAGAACAUCACCAAGAGGGGCUCGGUGCCUGAAACCACUGUCAAGAAGGGGAAUGACUAUCCUGUUGGACCUAUAGUGCUUGGAUUCUUCAUCUUUGUGGUCAUCGGAUCAUCUCUGUUCCAGAUAAUCAGGACAGCUAGCAGCGGUGGGUUGGCUUGAAGAUGGUCAUAUACUGGUGCAGUUGCAGCUACAUUCGUUUGAUGCUGUCAUAGUGUGUUCUUAUGAGAAUCCUGUUUAAAUCCUAGUUUGAACUGAUGUCGUAAGAACUGUAAACAGAGUUAUCAAUAUUAUACAUGUUAAAUGGACAAAUUUAUUGCUGA